AUGUACUCGCAGAAUCAUCAGCAGGGCCACGGUGCCCGGCUGAAUGGUGCCGGCCGAGGAAUGCCCGGCAGCAUGCUCUACAGCUACCAGCAUGCGCAGCACCAACACCCUUCGCAGGCUCAGCAUCACCAGGGCCUGCAACACGACCACGGGAACGGCCUCGGACAUCACACCUCCUUCCCCUCCGGCCUCCUCUCCUCGGCCCAGUUUAACCCGGGCCUGCAAAAUGGUCACUCUGCGUCUCGUGCGGGCCCUGUACCGCAGAAUGAGAUGUGGGCCGAGCAGCUGCGUCUGCAAAAGGAGGCCGAACGAGCACACGCUACCAUGACGGAGCAUCACCAACCCCACUACUACGCGCGACUAAAAGCCUCGGAAAAUAAGGGUAUAGGUGGCCCGCCACCGUCCAGUGCUAAGGCGCAGACCGACGGCGAAACCGAUGCUGAUAGACGGAGACCAUGGGAUUCCAGUAAAGAGCAGCGACAGGACUGGCACAACAUGGAUAUGAGUGGUCAAGGCCUCCGCAAUCUGUCCACCGACCUAUUCCGCUACACGUUCCUGUGUGAGCUCUACAUCGCCUCCAACAAGCUCUCCAGGCUACCCAAGCAAAUCGGUGAACUCCGCCAACUGAAACACCUCGACGUAUCCUACAACCAGUUGACCGAGCUUCCGCCAGAGCUGGGCAUGUGUACAUCUCUGAAGCAGCUCCUGUUGUUCAACAAUAACGUUGCAGACCUGCCGUAUGAGCUGGGGUCCCUGUAUGCGCUGGACGUCCUAGGAAUUGAAGGCAACCCUCUGGAGCCCAAUCUCAAGCAGGAGAUCAUGGACAAGGGUACACGGAGCCUUAUAACCGCUUUCAGAGAGAAUGCCCCAGUCCCCCCCGAACCCGAGCCGCGCAAACAGAUUGUCCUGCAAGAGGAUGUUUUGGCUAGCCUCGAGCGAGUCAAGGUGUUCUCAUGGAACAUCUUGUGCGACAAGUAUGCUACAGCGCAGCAAUACGGUUACACACCUAGCAAAGCUCUGGAGUGGGAAUAUCGUCUUGAUUGCAUUCUCAAGGAAAUCCGCUUCCGCGAAGCAGACUUUGUGGCCCUGCAAGAGGUUUCUGGUGAAGCGUUUAGGGACGAGCUCAGCCCCCAGCUAGCCCAGAAUGACUACCGGGGCAUUUACUGGCCGAAGACGCGAUCGAAGACCAUGUCCGAAAAAGAUGCACUACAGGUUGAUGGAUGUGCUGUCUUUUACAACCAGAGCAAGUACGUGGUACUGGACAAGCAAGGAAUCGAGUUUGCGUCGAUUGCCAUCAACCGACCCGACAUGAUGAAAGGGCACGACGUGUUCAACCGCGUGAUGCCCAAGGACAACAUUGCUCUGAUGACCUUUUUCGAGUCUCGCGAGACCGGGGCGCGGGUUAUCCUUGUCAACGUGCACCUGACAUGGGAGACUAGCUUGGCCGAUGUCAAGGUUGUCCAGACUGGUAUACUCAUGGAGCAGAUUACAAAGAUGGCAGAAAAGUAUUCCAGCUGGCCGCCUGUCAAGGAUAAACGGUUGAUUGUUGUACCCAGCGAGGAGGGCAGCGAACCGGCGCCCCCACAGCCCGAACCCGGCCCGAGCCAGGAGUAUCGCUCCAACACAGAGAUUCCUCUGAUUGUGUGCGGCGAUUUCAACUCGACGGAAGACUCGUCCGUCUUUGAGCUCAUGUCCACGGGCCGUGUGUCCCCUGAGCACAAAGAUCUGUCCAUGUACCAAUACGGAAGCUUCACUCGCGAUGGUAUCCAGCAUCCUUUCAGCCUGCGUGAUGCGUAUUCCUCGACGAGAGGGACCGCCGAUGAGAUGCCGUUCACCAACUACACACCUGGCUUCUCCGGCGUCAUCGACUACAUCUGGUACUCGACCAACACGCUAGAGGUUGUCGAGGUCCUCGGUGCUAUGAACAGCGCGGAACUGGAGCGGAUCCCGGCAUUUCCCAACUGGUGGUUCCCUGCCGACCACAUUCAAAUUAUGGCCGACUUUGUCAUCAAGGGCCGUAAGGAGAAGAAGCAGAGCAACCAGGAUCGUGAGCACAGCAUCAGCAGCUCACGGCGCUCUUAA